AUGGCCGUUUCGACCGUCCCGCCCGAUGGUACUGGUGUCCUCCAGCUCGACCCGUGGCUCGAACCCUACACAGACGCUUUGAAGACGCGAUACUCGUAUGCCCAGCAGUGGAUCAAAAAGAUUGACGAGCUCGAAGGAGGCCUGGAGAAGUUCAGCAGGGGAUUUGAUAAAUUCGGUCUCAAUGUGCGCGAAAAUGGCGAUAUUGUUUACCGCGAGUGGGCGCCCAGUGCCGUCGACGCCCGUCUCAUUGGCGACUUCAACAACUGGGACCGCACAGCGCACCCGAUGAAAAUGGACGACUUUGGCGUCUGGGAACUUACGAUUCCUGCCAAAGACGGACAGCCGGCCAUUGCACAUGAGAGCAAAAUCAAGGUGCCCGACCUCGAUUUCAUCACCAUGAAUACCCGUGCUGGUGAAGUGAUUGACCGCAUCCCCGCCUGGAUCAAACGCGUCACGCAAGACUUGAAUGUGUCGCCCGUCUACGAUGCCGUCUUUUGGAAUCCGCCCCCGAGCGAGAGGUAUACCUUUAAACAGCCUCGCCCGAAGAAGCCGGCCAGCCUGCGUAUUUACGAAGCCCACGUCGGUAUCUCCUCGCCCGAGACAAAAGUUGCGACAUACAAGAACUUCACUGCCACCAUGUUGCCGCGUAUCAAGUACCUCGGGUACAAUGCCAUCCAGCUGAUGGCCGUCAUGGAACACGCCUACUAUGCCAGUUUUGGCUACCAGGUCAACAAUUUCUUUGCAGCUAGUAGCCGCUAUGGCACUCCAGAGGACUUGAAAGAAUUGAUCGACACUGCUCAUGGCCUGGGCAUUGUCGUCUUGCUGGACGUUGUGCACAGUCACGCGUCAAAGAAUGUGUUGGACGGCCUCAACAUGUUUGAUGGAAGCGACCAUCUCUACUUCCAUGGUGGAGUCAAGGGCCAGCACGAACUGUGGGAUAGCCGUCUGUUCAACUACGGCAGUCAUGAAGUUCUUCGUUUCUUGCUGAGCAAUCUUCGCUUUUGGAUGGAUGAAUACCAGUUUGAUGGUUUUCGAUUCGACGGCGUCACGAGCAUGCUGUACACGCACCACGGCAUUGGAACUGGAUUUUCCGGUGGCUACCACGAGUACUUUGGCCCAGGAGUUGAUACCGACAGCGUAAUGUACCUGCAGCUUGCCAACGAGUUGCUUCACCAGCUCUACCCCGACUCAGUCACCGUUGCCGAAGAUGUUUCGGGCAUGCCAGCGCUCUGCUUGCCGCUAUCGCUGGGAGGAAUUGGGUUUGACUACCGUCUUGCCAUGGCCAUUCCGGACAUGUAUAUCAAGUGGCUCAAAGAGAAAAAGGACGAAGACUGGGACAUGGGCCAGCUAGCUUUCACCCUGACGAACCGUCGUCAUGGUGAAAAGACCAUUGCCUAUGCCGAGAGCCAUGACCAAGCAUUGGUUGGCGACAAGUCAUUGAUGAUGUGGCUGUGCGACAAGGAAUUGUACACCAACAUGUCCACUCUGACUGAGCUGACUCCAAUCAUCGAGCGUGGAAUGGCGCUCCAUAAGAUGAUCCGACUAGUGACACAUAGUCUAGGAGGCGAAGGCUGGCUGAAUUUUGAGGGAAAUGAGUUUGGUCAUCCCGAAUGGCUUGAUUUCCCUCGUGCUGGAAAUCAGAAUUCUUUCUGGUAUGCGCGUCGACAAUUGAACCUGACCGAGGACAAACUUCUGCGCUAUCGGUUUUUGAACGACUUUGACCGUGCGAUGCAAGUGACCGAGGAGAAAUACGGCUGGCUGCAUUCGCCGCAAGCGUACGUGAGCCUGAAGAAUGAGGACGACAAGGUGAUUGUGUUUGAACGGGCUGGGCUGUUGUGGGUGUUCAACUUUAACCCAACCCAGAGCUUCUCCGAUUACAGGGUUGGUGUUGAACAGGAGGGCACGUACCGGAUUGUCCUAGACACGGAUGACUCUGACUUUGGUGGACAUGGGCGCAACCAGAAGGAGACUCGGUUUUUCACGACGGACAUGCCAUGGAACGGGCGCAAGAAUUUCUUGCACAUCUAUAUUCCGACGAGGACAGCUUUGGUUUUUGCUCUUGAAAGCACGCUUUGA